CACAUCAAUAUAAGAGAGCUCAGGGGUUAAACUUUACUGUCAAUAAAAGAAAGGGUUGUGAGUCUCCAAUAAAACAACUAAACCAUUUUUCUCUUUUAUACAGUGGAAGGCGAGAUCAGGUUAUCUGGUCCAGAUCAAUGUUCUGGAAGAGUGGAAGUCCUCCAUAACGGUGUCUGGGGGACAGUCUGUGAUAACGGCUGGGACUUGACUGAUGCUGCAGUGGUCUGCAGACAGAUGGGAUGUGGAUCUGCACUGAGUGCACCACCACUAGCAUACUUUGGUGCAGGAACAGGACAGAUCUGGCUCGAUUAUGUGGCCUGUACAGGAAGUGAAAGCGAUCUGUUUCAGUGUACCAACAAUGGAUACGGAGUUAAUAGCUGCGUACACGGAGAGGAUGCUAGUGUCACUUGUGCAGAGCCCGUCUUCCCAACUUUCAAGAAGGUGGUGAAGAUGAAGCUGCUGACUCCGCCCUCUUUGGAUCUGGAUGACCCUGUGGCGCAGGAAGACCUGCUGCAGCAGCUCAGUCAAAAGCUGAAGGACCAGGGAGUGGAUGGAGAAGUGAAGCUGAGCUGGAGGAAGCUGCCAGACUGAGAAAACUUUCACCCAGAGGAGCUUUUCAAAUCAAGUGAAGAUCUCUAACAUUUGUUUCUUCAUCACAAUGAAGAAAUAAAAUACGAGUGAGAUUAGCUACUUAAACAAUAUACGUGUCACUCCUUCAUUUAUUAUUAAAGGGCCUAUAUCAUGCUGUUCUUCAACCUUUCAGAGUAAACUACCGUACACUUAAGUCUAAAGUUUUUCAAAAAUCAGCCGUGCGCCUAAUAAUCUGGUGUGUCUUUUGUGUGUACCAAGUUCCAAAAUCUGUAAAAUGUUCUUGUGCAACUUUGGGAAGUCUUCGCUCAAUUUACGGUCAAACCAUUCCUCGCUGAUACAGGAUUGGAAGGGGCUGGUGCUCAGGGAGCAGGUUUUUAAUGGAAUGUUCAGAGAUGCUUGAAUGACGCCAAAAAUCACACUAAGGUUGUUUUUAACAAUGAAAUUCACUUAAAAGCUCAAAAAGGUUUGAUUGUGCAUAUAGGCCCUUUACUAGAUUUUCCAUAAUAGCACUCUUAUUUACAACAAAUCUAGAUAGGGAUACAGAACAUUUGAGUUUAUUGGGUUUUUUUUAUUCAAAUAAAACUGUCAAAAAAGUCAAAGUCAUGUGUCAACUUUAUAAAUUGAUGCAAGGUAAAACGAAAGUUUCUACAGUCUGAACAGGUGUGGGAUGCAGACGGUGUUUUACUAAAAAAUAUGUAAACUUUGACAGUUAAACACAAAUUUAACAUAUUCUACAAUAUUGAG